AGCUUGGGUUGGAACUGGAAUGGGAGGCAAAAGCAAUCGCACAGCACUUCACGAGCAUCAGUUUAUUAGCAACCACCGGUCGAGCCGAUUGUAUAGUUUAGUAGCCUCCUUCGAUUGAGUUUUCGUUGUGGAGAAGCGACGGGCCCCCUAAUUUGGUGGCUAUCUAUGUUUCGGCAGAUCACUGAAGAAGCUCCAAAGUGUGACGUAGUGAGAUCGAAAGUUCGUUGAUUUGUAUAUGUUUAAGCUUUAACAGAAAGUGAAUUUUACACCAAGUCUGUGUAAAGUUGCAUUUAAUAAGCAGUUUGUGUUAGUGUAUGACUUAAGGUGCACUUAGUGGUUAUGACUGAAUUGUGAUAUGUAUUUAAAAGUCUAAUAUUGUUGGUGCUACUUGCAGAUUUGCAUGUACAGAAAAAAAAAACGAUAGAACGUUCAAGUUAUACAUCGGAAGGUAGAAAAAAAUAGAACAAAGUGCAAAUGUUUAAAGAGUAAAGGAGCGAAAACAAUAUUUGCAUAAUCUCUAAAAGGUGAAGAAAACAAAAUUGUAAAUUAAUGUCUGGUUAUGCGAACGAAGCUCGAGUUUAGUAGAUGGUACUAGCCGUUACCGAGGAAACCAAGAUUCCGGGAAAGGAAACUGGUAGCUAGAGAAGCGCAAUAAAAAUCGAGGUGCCUCGGCAACCUGGUUGGCCUUUCUGUUGUGUAUUUCUGAGCAAAUAUGUGCUCUUGGCAAGUCGAGAAGUAAAUACCGUAUUAAAACAAAACAUAAUACGAACGUUUCAGUUGCAUUCCAAGCUCCUACCCUCGCUAAUCGGUUCAACGUGGUGAGUGGAUUGUGAAACAAGGGAAAAAAAUAAUAAGGCAUUACCGCUUCCAGCAACGCGACGGUUGGAUCAAAAGCCAGAAGCCUUGAAGAAGUAAUUUUGCAUACCUACCGACCGUUCGGCGACGGCACGGCAAAACCUACGUCAAUCGCGCGCGUGUGUGUCUUUGGAGCUCAACUCGAUAGAUCGCAGAGGAUCGAGAAACUUUUCGGACGGCGGACUUCCGAGCUUCGUUCGCUACUCGGCUUGGACGGCGGGGCAAGGAAGGCAUGACUUCUUCCAUAUUCCUCACAAUGGCAGGCUGGACCAGUGACAAGUUUAGAUUGAGCUGCCUGGACAACCAGGGUUUGAAACGUGCGCUGCUCAAAAUGCUCAUACUGGAUAAUGGCAGCAAAAACGAUAACAUCGAUGGCGAUAGAACGGCCGGCGAGUAUCUAUCCACGGAUCAGGGAGCACCCAACAGCAACAGCAAAUCGUUGCUCAGCUUUUUCGCAAUUCAUGCCCUUGAGUUGAGUGCCCCCGCCACACCUGUCCUACUGGAGCACAAUGCGCCUGCGAUUCCGUCCGGCUGGUUGCAGCUUUCCGGACACCCAAAAAGCAUUGCCCCACUGGCCAACGGAAUCGUCCGCAAACGCGUAUCCGGUCCAGAUGACGCAGAGGUCCUCGCAUACCGACAGCUGGCCGUCGACUCGCACGGUUGCAAAGUGGUUCCUAAGUUUCUCGGCAUCCAUCAGCUGCAGGGGGAACACUUCAUAGAACUGCAGGAUCUGCUGCACGGUUUCCAGGAUCCGAACGUGAUGGACAUCAAGGUUGGCUUCCGAACUUUCUGCGAAAAUGAGGUGUCCAAUACAGCCCUGCGAGCAGACCUGUACCAGAAGAUGAUCGCUGUGGAUCCGAGUGCGCCCACGGCUGAAGAACAUCAGCAGAAGGCAAUCACCAAACUGCGGUACAUGCUGUUCCGAGAAAAUAUGUCCUCCUCUCAGGAGAAAGGCUUCCGGAUAGAGGCCCUGAAGAUGAAGGGUCGCUCACCGGUGACGGACAUGAAAACGGUUAAAUCGAGCAGCGACAUUCAGGCAACCAUCUCGCAUUUUGCAAAUGGGCGAAAAACGGUCAUUAAGGAUAUUCUGAAGAGACUGAAGCAAAUGCGCACGAUGAUUCAGAAGUCGGAGUUCUUCCAGCGCCAUCAAGUGAUCGGAAGCAGUAUCUUUAUUGUAUACGACAACCACAAAGUAGGCGUAUGGUUAAUUGAUUUUGCCAAAGCGUUACCAUUGCCCGAGGGCGUAAAAGUCGAUCACAGAAGGCGCUGGGCGCUAGGUAAUUGCGAGGAGGGGCUCCUGUACGGUUUCGACGAGCUGAUCCACACGUUCGAAGAUGUCUACAGAUCCUACCAACUGGCCGCCUCCGAGAGCAGAAAGUUAAACCGACGAUAAUUGCGUAUACGUACGAAUUAGGAAGAUACAAGAACCGAAGAGCUAGUCAUUGCUCCGUGCAGACCGCGGGGUGAAUCAUUGAAGAAAUAAUUUAAAUUCAAAAUAGGAAUACCAAGACUGAAGAUAUUGGUCGAAGCCAAAUGUCAAUAAUAUUUUGCAAGAAGCUAAUGCCAAUCGAUUUUGAUAGGAUAUAGCUGAGUAGAGGUUCAACAUAUGGCGUAGAAUAGACGUUCUAUAUGUUUAAGACAAAUUACUUAAUCAAAGACUCGAAAAAGACAUUUUCUAAUUAUAAUAACGGAUUACUAUUAUGUGAACGUCGAUUACUAGACCAAUUUUCCAUAUUGGAAAAUUACAUUGAAAAUUGCCUUAAAAUACUUGUCAAAGCAAAAUGAUUGUCGAGACUCCUCACACUUAAUCCACUCGAAAUGUAAAAAAGAAUGUCGUUACAAAUUGUUGGAUAUCAGAAUAUACUUAGAAUACUUUUGGUAAAUAAGUCGAUGAAAUUGAAUUUCGUCACACAUGUUCAAAGAAAUGCUGUAAUUAUUAACUUUGUUUUUACAUUAUUAUUAUUAUUAUCAUCAUUAUAACAAAAUAAAUAGUAUAGCGUAACAUAUUUAUAAAACGAUCAACAAU